UGCUGCUAUGCAGGGCACAGGGCCCGGGCCGGCGGCGUGCGCGUGCGUGUGUGGGUGCGCGUGCGCGGCGCCGCACACCGUCGGUUGGUUGCUUAUUUUGCAAGCGGGAGGGGCCGUGCGCGCUCCUUCCUCGGCUUCUGUCCCCCACCCCCCUUCCCCGGUCCCCGUCUCUCCUUCGUAAAGAUGUCGGACACGGCAGUAGCUGACACUCGGCGCCUUAACUCGAAGCCUCAGGACCUGACCGACGCUUACGGGCCUCCGAGUAACUUCCUGGAGAUCGACAUCUUCAAUCCACAGACAGUGGGCGUGGGCCGCGCGCGCUUCACCACCUAUGAGGUUCGCAUGCGGACAAACCUACCUAUCUUCAAGCUGAAAGAGUCCUGUGUACGGAGGCGCUACAGUGAUUUUGAAUGGCUGAAAAAUGAGUUGGAGCGAGAUAGUAAGAUUGUAGUACCACCACUGCCUGGAAAAGCCUUGAAGCGGCAGCUCCCUUUUCGAGGAGAUGAAGGGAUCUUUGAAGAAUCUUUCAUUGAAGAAAGGAGGCAGGGCCUCGAACAGUUUAUUAACAAAAUUGCAGGGCACCCAUUGGCUCAGAAUGAACGCUGCCUACACAUGUUCCUGCAGGAAGAGGCAAUUGACAGGAACUACGUCCCUGGGAAGGUGCGCCAAUAGGAGCCCCUCACACCACCUGCCCUCUACUUUCCUGCUGAGAUGACAUUGGUUUUUACACUAAGCCUCUCUCUUUGAUCUGAAGUUGGCUGCCCAUCCCCUGGCCUGAUAGACUGUCUGCCACUGUACCCUUGGUACCUCCUGACUACACCUUGUGGCAUUCUGCAAGGAUCUUCUCUGAGAAGUGGGAAAUCACAGGCAGAUGCCCUUUGCU